CCCCCCGUCCGAGAGCAGCCAAGGCUGGAUACAUUUUUUUAAAAGCCCAACUGCAAACAACUCUGGCAAUGCCAAAAUUCCCCUCCGAGUGACAGGGCUUGGGAGGAGGCUGCCUCUGGCUGUGCUAGCUCUCGGGUCGCCUGUGCCUCCUCGGCGACCAGGAAAGGUUGUGCUCUGUCAAGAGGGAUUUGGAAAUUAGGGGGAAAGCUGCUCUCAACUCUACCGUAACCUCAAACUCUGUGGACUGCUUAAGAGAAUAUCUACAUAUUGGAAGCAAAGUCGUGGUCAAGGAGGAUCGGCAUCGGAGGAUGGAAGUUUUCCCCUUGCUCUUGUUUCUGUCCUUCUGGUGGUCUCGAACCUGGGAACUGGCAACCGCCGAUUCCAUCAUCCACAUCGGAGCAAUUUUUGAUGAAUCUGCUAAAAAAGAUGAUGAGGUAUUCCGCACUGCAGUUGGUGACCUCAACCAGAAUGAGGAAAUCUUACAGACUGAGAAAAUCACAUUUUCUGUGACAUUUGUAGAUGGCAACAACCCUUUUCAAGCUGUUCAAGAAGCGUGUGAACUUAUGAACCAGGGCAUCUUGGCCUUGGUCAGCUCAAUUGGUUGCACAUCAGCUGGGUCUCUCCAGUCUUUGGCAGAUGCCAUGCAUAUUCCUCAUCUCUUCAUUCAGCGUUCAACAGCUGGGACCCCAAGAAGUGGCUGUGGCCUCACCCGGAGCAACAGAAAUGAUGACUAUACUCUUUCAGUUCGUCCACCUGUCUACUUGAAUGAAGUCAUCCUAAGAGUAGUCACAGAGUAUGCAUGGCAGAAAUUUAUUAUCUUCUAUGACAGUGAAUACGAUAUCCGUGGGAUACAGGAAUUUUUGGACAAAGUAUCCCAGCAGGGAAUGGAUGUUGCCCUUCAAAAGGUGGAAAACAACAUCAAUAAAAUGAUCACCACGCUCUUUGACACCAUGAGGAUAGAGGAGUUGAAUCGAUAUCGAGACACUCUUAGAAGAGCCAUCCUUGUUAUGAAUCCUGCCACAGCUAAAUCCUUCAUAAGUGAGGUGGUGGAGACUAAUCUGGUUGCUUUUGACUGUCACUGGAUCAUCAUAAAUGAGGAAAUAAAUGAUGUGGAUGUCCAGGAACUUGUCAGAAGGUCCAUUGGAAGGCUAACAAUAAUUCGGCAGACAUUUCCAGUCCCCCAGAAUAUAAGUCAGCGUUGUUUCCGUGGCAACCAUCGAAUUUCUUCAACACUGUGUGAUCCUAAGGAUCCCUUCGCACAGAAUAUGGAGAUUUCUAACCUUUACAUCUAUGACACGGUGCUUCUGCUUGCAAAUGCCUUCCAUAAGAAGCUGGAGGACCGCAAGUGGCACAGUAUGGCAAGCUUGUCAUGUAUCAGGAAAAACUCCAAGCCCUGGCAGGGAGGGCGGUCCAUGCUGGAGACCAUCAAGAAGGGUGGAGUUAAUGGACUGACUGGAGAUCUAGAAUUUGGAGAAAAUGGAGGUAACCCCAAUGUCCACUUCGAAAUCCUUGGAACCAACUAUGGAGAAGAACUUGGCAGGGGUGUCCGUAAACUUGGGUGCUGGAAUCCUGUCACAGGUCUGAAUGGGUCACUGACUGACAAGAAACUGGAAAAUAACAUGCGAGGUGUGGUUCUACGCGUGGUGACUGUAUUGGAGGAGCCUUUUGUAAUGGUCUCUGAAAAUGUCUUGGGAAAACCGAAGAAAUACCAGGGCUUCUCCAUUGAUGUUUUGGAUGCCCUAUCUAACUACCUGGGUUUUAACUAUGAAAUUUAUGUUGCACCGGACCACAAAUAUGGAAGCCCACAGGAAGACGGGACAUGGAAUGGACUGGUAGGAGAACUUGUUUUUAAGAGAGCUGACAUCGGAAUUUCAGCUUUAACCAUCACUCCAGACAGAGAGAAUGUUGUGGAUUUUACAACACGCUACAUGGACUACUCAGUGGGUGUCCUGCUUCGAAGGGCAGAAAAAACAGUGGAUAUGUUUGCCUGCCUUGCACCAUUUGAUCUAUCUCUGUGGGCCUGCAUUGCUGGCACAGUGCUUCUUGUGGGACUUCUUGUCUACCUCCUGAACUGGCUUAAUCCCCCACGAUUGCAAAUGGGAUCAAUGACAUCUACUACACUCUACAACUCCAUGUGGUUUGUGUAUGGGUCCUUUGUACAGCAAGGUGGAGAAGUCCCUUACACGACUCUGGCAACCCGAAUGAUGAUGGGGGCUUGGUGGUUAUUUGCUCUGAUUGUCAUCUCAUCUUACACAGCAAACCUUGCCGCCUUCCUCACUAUCACCCGCAUUGAGAGCUCCAUCCAGUCUCUUCAGGAUCUGUCCAAGCAAACAGAUAUCCCUUAUGGCACAGUCUUGGACUCUGCAGUAUAUCAGCAUGUGCGCAUGAAGGGGCUGAAUCCUUUUGAGAGGGACAGCAUGUAUUCCCAGAUGUGGAGGAUGAUCAACCGAAGCAAUGGGUCAGAAAACAAUGUUCUGGAAUCCCAAGCAGGCAUUCAAAAGGUAAAAUACGGAAACUAUGCUUUUGUAUGGGAUGCAGCUGUGUUGGAGUAUGUGGCUAUCAAUGACCCUGACUGUUCCUUCUACACUGUUGGGAAUACUGUUGCUGACCGGGGAUAUGGCAUCGCACUGCAACAUGGCAGCCCCUACCGUGAUGUCUUUUCACAAAGGUAA